UCGACAGAAUAGUUGAAGCUCCCUUUUCAUGCAGCAGUUAGUCUCGUUUUUAGUUGUUGUUCGCAUCGAUACCGGCAAGAUGAGUGCCUACUACGGGUUAUACAUAGUUCUGAGCUUAGUAUUCAAAAUAUUUGGAAGUAUAGUCAAAAUUUUGAGACUAAAUGUGGCGGCGAAUGCAUUGAAGGCACACUUUAGUUGUCUCAUUAUUGGACUGAAUGACAAUCGCCCGAAGGAAGCUACCCCGAAAGAUAGUGUUAACAAAACGGAACUCGAUCAUUUAGCAAAGAUGGUUGAAUGGUGGUGGGAUCCCAAAGGACCGGUGAAAAUGCUUCAUACUUUCUAUCAAGUGAGGGUGCCUCUCGUCGUCGAAGGUCUGGCCGAAACAGGCCGAAUCUCCAAAGUUAACAUUUCGAAACCUGGUGCACUUAAAGGAAUUCGAAUUCUUGAAGCUGGAUGCGGUGGAGGAAUUCUUGCGGAAGACCUUGCAAAACUUGGGGCAUACGUCGUUGGUGUGGAUCCGGGCAAGGAAAUGAUCCGUCUGGCCAAAAAUCAUCUGGAAACCAAAUCUAGCGAAUUGAUAAAUCUAAUCGAGUACCACGACGUUACUGUAGAGGAGCACGUGAAAGAGUUCGCUGGCGCGUAUGAUGCUGUCGUGUGUUCGGAAGUUUUGGAACACGUGGAUGAAAAAGAAGCUAUUCUGGAAGCAUGCAUCCGCUGUUUGAAGCCUGGAGGGUCUUUGUUCAUCACUACCGAGAACCGAACCAUGCUGGCGUGGCUCUUUUUCAUCAUAAUACCGGAGUACAUUCUUAGUUUCUUGCCAAAAGGAACGCACUUUUACGAGAAGUUUGUCUCACCGAAUACAAUUUCCAAGCUAAUCGUCAGAUAUGGAUGCAAAACACGAAGAGUUCGAGGCUUUUUCUAUGAUCGAAUGUACAACUCGUGGGGUUUUAUCGAUGAUGACAGUUGCAAUUAUGGGUUGCAUGCUACCAGGUGUUGAUUUACUUCGGAAUCCGUUUUUGACAGCAAAACAUAAUACGAAUUAACAUGAUGCUAGGCCUAUCAUAGGUAGUAUACCUGCUUACACCCCACCAACGUAUGUCAGAUUUUUGGACUUCCUGAUAGGGCUGAACACGAAAGGCUGAAAAGUAAAAAUCUUACAUAAGGCUAAAAUAACAAAAGGCUGAAUAAUAUAAUCAAAGUGAA